AUGACGAGUUGUCUCGUCCGCAAUUUCCCAGCUAGCGGUUUUGAGAAGCUUUCCUUACAAGAAAAGAUUGAGGAAGAGCGAAUUCAUAGCUACAAAGCAGAAAGGUUCUAUACGAUGUGGUUAGGCGAGGUAAUCAAGUCUCGGUACCAGGUUGUUGCCAAGCUCGGGUUUGGCACGGCCUCCACCAUCUGGCUUUGUCGUGAUCUUCAAGCAAAUAUUCUCCUGACCCUCAAAGUCUGCAUCCUGCAGCAAGGUGCUACGAAGGUGAAUAAUGAAGUGGCCAUUUCUCGACAUCUCAAAUCCAUCGAUGCCGAACAUCCUGGCAAAGACCUGCUGCGCCUCGUACUGGACGACUUCCAGAUAACUGGCCCUCACGGGAUGCAUAAAUGCUUGCUAUUCGCUCCACUAGGUCUAAGCUACACAGACUUUCGAAACCUGUUUCCAGAGAAGGGCUUGAACAAGGAACUUUUGCAACAAACAUUGCAACUUGUCCUUCUUGGCCUUGACUUCCUUCACCAGGCGGGCGUUGUGCAUACAGCUGAUAUCUUUCUUUAUCAUUCAGAUAUAUACCCUAAUAAUAUCCUCCUGGGGGCCCCGGAUCCGUCAGUGUUUGCAGAAAUCGAACAGGCCGAGCUUGAGCAUCCGUCUCCCCGCAAGAUCUUCUUAGAUCGAACAGUCUAUCGUUCUCGCUCUAUGCCUAUCACCAAUGGACCACCUAUGAUCUGCGAUUUUGGUGCUGCUAGGAUUGGGGAGAAACAUGUUGGAGAUGUCAUGCCGGGCGUCUACCGAGCGCCUGAAAUCAUUAUGGGCAUGGAGUGGAACUCGAAAAUUGAUAUGUGGUCUUUUGGAGUCAUGAUUUGGGACUUGUUUGAAGGAGGUUGCCUGUUUCGUGCUGUGAAGGAAGGUCAUCUCAACGAUGAGCAGCAUCUUGCCGAGAUAAUUUCUCUGAUUGGUCCUCCACCCAGAAGCUUUCUUCAGCGAAGCGAAAAGAGUCGCCAGUAUUGGGAUGUAGAAGGUGCAGUCAUGCCACAACCGCCGAAUGCAAAACUUGAUUAA